UCUGAACUGUUCAACCUCUCAAUGCACCUUAAUUUCCCUUCUCUUUUAUCUCAUCUGAAAUGCCAGAAAUGUAAAGAUCUUCAUACAUGAUUUUUUUAAAAAACUCUUAGCCCUGAAUUCCAAUUAUCUAGUUUUGAAAGGAGACGGCAGACUUAACAAAUACACAGUUUUUGAUUUGCAUGAUCCGGCUGUCUGCUGAAUGUGAUUUUUACCUGUACAAUCCAUAAUGACAGACGACACCACAAGAAGCAGUGUCUCUAGUGUUAGUUGUGGCUAACUGGGUAGCACUAUUCCUCUGAGUCAGAAAUUAGUUCAAGUCUUAUUCGAGAUUUAAGUGUAUAACCUUGGCUGACACUCGAGUACGGUAUUGAAGGAGUGCUGUCCUGUUCGUUGGAUGAGAUGUAACGCUGAAUCUCUCAAAAAAAAAUCUGCACCUUGUUGAUGAAUGCAGGAGCCGUGCUGAACUUCAAACUAAAGAGAAGAGAGCUGCAGGGUUUUGGAGAUGAUGGACGUGAAACGACAGCGGGUGAUAACAUCAAAGAUUUCUUGCUGAGUCUGCGCUACUUUCGGAUCUUCAUUGCCUUGUGGAAUAUCUUCAUGAUGUUCUGUAUGAUUGUAUUAUUUGGAUCUUGAAGCUUACCAAUGCAGCGAAAGUGAUGCAAUUCAGGACAGCCCCCGGACUUGAAUUUGUAGCAGGCUCUUUACCUUUCCCCUAUAAUUUUUACAUUUGUUCAGUCUUGAGGGUCAAGCAUGUAUUUCCAGAUUUACAAUUGUACCUAUUCAAAAGUCUGUGUUCUGUAACAGCAGCUAUCUGGUGUAGCCAUCCCAAAAUUUUCACCUCUGUUGAUAAAUCAUGUGGUUAGAAAGUUUUCCACACACUUUCACACUGCACAAUGGAAAGACUUGGUUGUUGAUAUUUAUCUACGUAGUUCUAUUGCAAUGUAUCCCAGUUAAAUACUAAUCCAGAUCUAGAAAGUCAGGCAUGCUGUGGAAUUCUGCCAGAUGCAAACACUUGGUGAAUAUUUAAGUUAUGUUGUGCACGUAAACAGGUUGUUGCUAUCUUGGCAAGUUAAUUUUGCUUUUGGAAAAUAAUUUUUAAACGGACAAUUGCGUUGGUAUUUAAAGAAGAAUACUUGCUUUCAUACAAAUGAUAGUUCAAACUGUAAGUACGUCCUUUGCAAUCACACAGGAACUGUACAAUACACAAUCUGCAAGUUUGAAAAGCAAUGUGCUGCUAUUGUCACACUGGUCCUGACUGGCACAGAAAUAAGAGCUAAUUAACCCAUAGUGUCUUGUCGACAUCAGAGAUGAUGAGGUUUUAUUUGUGUUGAAGUCACUACCAAUCCGUAGCUCUCUCACAGUGCACCCUCUUUCAGUGAUAUUUUUAAUAUGAAUUUUAGCUUUUUUUUCUCCCAGAUAACAACAGGAUGUGUGCAGUUGGAGAGUAAACACACUAAAAGUGAUUUUUGAAACUGCACCACAAAAAAUUCUUUUGGAAUUUUCCAGUAGAAAUUUAUUUAAAUUUAUCCUGAUGUUACGUCUCCAGCCAUUAAUCUGCUUCCACAUACAUAAAAUAAUUGUUUGACUUUCCUUUGUAUGAGUGAGUUAGUAGCUGAGGUGCAGUAGUAUCCUAAUUCUCCUUACAGCUUUAAACUUGUAGUCAUAUUUGUGUUCUUUGCAUGCAGAUUUUUAACCAUCAUUUAACCAGCACCAAGUCUGUGAAAUAAACACUUUAAUGAGCUGUAGUAUGUCACCAAAAAGAGUUAAUCACUUGCUGUUCCCUACAAUAAAUCAGUGACGAUAGUGAUAAUAUUCAUUGCCUGUGCCUCAAUAUUUAGAUUCAGCCACCCUGACCCAACAUCUUAUGCCGCUGUAUUCAGGAUUAGUGCUUUUUGAUUGCGUUAAAAAUGGAAAGCUUUCAAAAUGUAACCAAAUCCUUUGGUUGACCAUUGAUCUGUGCUGCAAGGAUGUAUUAGAAAUUCUAUCUAUAAUUUAUGCAUUGAUCAUUCUCAAAGCAAUAAUCUACAUCCACUUCAUGCUUGAAAACUAAAAGGAGUAACACUCCUCUAUUGACAGGACAAUGGGGACCUGUAGCGUCUGAAGAUGACAUAUUGGAUAUACCAUGCUCUGUUAGGUGAAUGGAAAAAUCAAUUACAGAAAUAGCCUCCCACAGAUGAAGUGAGAGAGAACACAUUUUGACUUUAGCACAAGAAUUGUUACUCUGCCCUCAUGUCAUAACGUGAAUAAAGUGAAAUGCUAUAAAUUGGGGUUGGUGUAGCAAGGUACAUGCUUACAAAUCCUGCUUUGCCACUGACGUUUGCACCAGUCUCCAUAAACAUUACCAUUCGCACCAUUAAAAUGAAACUAAACUCAAAGCUGUAAACUUUUACAGUGAGCACAUUCUGUAAAAUGAAAACCUGUCAAUUGAUUUCAAAUCCCUUGAAUUCCCAGAAAGCUAUUGAAAUGAACUUUUACUAUGUAUAACUCUGUUAUCCAUUUGCCUGCAGGUAUUUUAAAUCUAAGAAUGAGAUUGGAGAUUUGGUCAUAUGGAGCAUUGUAUAUCUGAUACAUCAUGUGUAGAUACCAUUACGGUGUACCAAAGCCAUCGUAUCUGGUAUGUGAUCACAAAAACUAAAUACAUCAAAACUGGAUUCUGAGAGUGAAAUGUAUUUUUUUUUAACCAUAUUUGUGUACUGUAUCUGAAUGGAUGCAGUGAACACUUUAUUGCUUAUUUAUAUUUAAAGUAUUUGUGACCUGCUUCCAUUUCAAGUUCUUGACCAUGUAGAUCAUCACAUUUCAAUGGACCAAGAAGGGGAAUAAAACAGGGUAUUUGAAAUACA